UGGUUGUGGUUUGGUGAUGUAUGUCGGACGUCCGUAUUUUGUUGAAAAAUUCAUCUAAAGGAAGUUUAUUAUCGGUUGUAACUAUGAAAAUUCGAUUGAAACCGCCGUGUUGUAGGUAAAAAUAACUAUGGGACGUUAAUAUUCUGGACUCGAGGGUGUUAAAAAUAGUGUCAGAGGCAGUAGCUAGGUCAUCGUGUAUAUCUCUGUACAUCUGAUUAUCUUUUCUGGAAAAAUAAUAAAGUAGACAAAAUAUGAACAGAACGGAUGUGGAUGGACAUAAUAUGGAAAUAAUGAACUGUGAAUCCCAAAAAGGCAAUGUCAAAAUUAAAAAAGAUAACAUGACAAUAGACGCUGUAGAUCAAGAAGUUGAGUUAUUACGACUCACAUUGAAUGCGGAGAGUUCAAUUGAAGAGCGACAAGCCAAUGGUCUACAUCAGGUUAACGGAGUAUUAGAUUCUAUAAAGAAAUACUGCGAAACGUCCAACGUUGCGAUAGAACCCCAGAGCGUUGCUUCUAGUCAUAAAAAUCAGCCUGACAAUGCCGAAACAGAGUCUACAGAAAGUAAAAACAGCGAUAUUAGAUAUGUCAGUUACAUAAGUGAAAUUCAAAUGCCAGAUAUUAUGAAAUUAAUUCAAAAAGACCUGAGCGAACCUUACUCAAUAUAUACCUAUAGGUAUUUUAUACACAAUUGGCCGAAAUUAUGUUUUUUGGCAAUGCAUGAGGAGGAGUGCGUUGGGGCGAUAGUUUGCAAGUUGGACAUACAUAGAAAAGUUAUAAAACGUGGAUAUAUAGCAAUGUUGGCAGUUGACGUUAAAUAUCGUAAGCGUAAAAUAGGUUCCAACCUUGUGAGACGAGCGAUACAAGCAAUGGUGGCUGAUGAUGCAGAUGAAGUGGUACUAGAAACAGAAAUCACAAAUCGUCCGGCGCUUCGACUGUAUGAAAAUUUAGGAUUUGUGCGAGAUAAACGACUGUUCAGAUAUUAUUUAAACGGUGUAGAUGCUCUUCGGUUGAAACUCUGGCUGAGAUGAAAUUAUACCAUAAAUUCUGUGCCGAUAGGAACUUAAAAAACUACAGAAUCAUUGAGGAGUGCAGUUAGCAGCGAGAUUGAGUGUUUAUGCUCGACACCAACAGUGAACAGGUUGGAAAUUCCUCGUCAUAUAUUAUAUCACAUUAAGCGAAUAGCAAUGAGGUUGCGAUUCAAUUGCUUGGAAUUGAAAAAAAAACAACCAAACCGAAUCAACGUUCCCAUGAAUUAUUUUUCAAAACAUUAAAACGUGACCACCGUGUGCAAUCUGCAAAACUAUCGAAUGACUUUGCAAAUCUGAUGACGAAAUACAAGUAACAGAAACCGAAAAGUCAAUUACAAAAUCCGAUAAAAUUCAAUGCCGUUACUAAAGAUCGUACUCAAACUAAAUCAAAGCAAAAAAAUCUGUACGUCCCAAAUAUGAUGAAAAUUAUCAUGCAAACCAAAUUCAACAGUAUAACGAACAGAUGAAGUAAAUGAAUUUUUCAAAACAACCGAAUGAUUAAAAGUGAUAAAGGGGUACGAUAUUCAUACAAUUAUAUUGUAUGAAAAAUAAUAAACCCAUGAUCUUAUAAUGGAAUUAAAAUUCCAGAUUUCGAGUCCACACUAAUAAUAGUAAUAAUAAAUAAUAAUAAUAAAUAAUAAUAAUAAUAAUCAUGAUAAUGAUAAUUCUGCGAACGCAUUGUACACAUAUUGCUGUCUACCCUACGAUGUCUAACUUUGUAUAAAAAGAUGCGUUACAAAAGAAGGGAAUAAAACAAAUUGUAAUGUAACUAUUUAAAAAAAGAAAAAAGAAAAAAAAGAACAAAAAAUGUAAAAAAAUGUUAAUAAAAAUGCAUAAAUGUUUUUA